AUCAACUGUGAACUCUGGACAAAAGGGUUGAACUAGAGCCCAGUAUGUAGUUCAGCACGCAAGAGUUUUUUAGAAACAUUUGCGGAGAGCAGAAGAGAGGAACACAAAGAGAAACUAGAGAAGAGCAUUUCUUUAACAUAUACAAUGGAAGGCAUUGACUUUUCUUCACUAAACCUGUCUAAGCCUAAGCUGUUUGACUUUGAGGGCAUUUCUAUGAUACACCACUUCACUGACAACUGGGAAAAGGUUCAGGACUUUCAAGCAAGACCAGACGAUAUCCUUAUCGCCACUUAUCCUAAAGCAGGUACCACCUGGGUGUCUUAUAUACUUGACCUUCUGUAUUUUGGGAAUGAUGCUCCGGAGCGCCAGACGUCCCUGCCAAUCUAUAUGAGAGUGCCAUUCCUCGAGUCAUGCUUUAAAGUGAUGCCACCAGGGACAGAACUGGCGGAUAAUCUUGCCACCUCUCCUCGCCUCAUCAAAACUCAUCUACCUGUUCAGCUCGUUCCCAAGUCCUUCUGGGAGCAGAACUCAAGGGUGGUGUAUGUAGGUCGUAAUGCAAAAGACAACGCGGUUUCCUAUUACCAUUUUGAUCGAAUGAACAUGGCACAGCCUGAAGCGGGAGAUUGGGACACCUUCUUACAGAACUUUAUGAAAGGAAAGAAUGUGUUUGGCCCUUGGUUCGACCAUGUCAGUGGGUGGUGGGAGAAGAAAAAGACAUAUUCUAACUUACUGUACUUGUUCUAUGAAGAUAUGGCUGAAGACACUGGACGUGAGGUGGAACGUUUGUGCUCCUUCUUGGGUUUGUCCACCCCGCUUGAGGAGAGACAGAAAAUAACAAAUGGAGUUCAGUUUGAUGCCAUGAAACAGAACAAGAUGACCAACUAUUCCACAGUCCCAGUCAUGGACUUCAAGAUCUCACCCUUCAUGCGGAAAGGUAAAGUCGGAGAUUGGAAAACUCACUUCACAGUGGCACAAAAUGAAAUGUUUGAUGAGGUCUACAAACAAAAGAUGAAGAACACAACUGUCAAGUUCCGGACAGAAAUUUAAGGCUUGUGUUCUGGACAUUGCUACAUAAUAGUCCCUAAACACAUUAGGCACUCAUUUACUCGGCUAAUUACUUAGCAUUUAAUAUUCUUCAAAACAUACGUCUGUUUGAGCGUACCGGCCAGCCUAACAUAGCAACCAUGAGUUUACCAAUGCCAUGAGUUUGGGAUGGGACUUUCUAUUUGCCCUACCAAUGGCAGAUGGUAGACCAUCCUAGGCUGUUCAACGAUAACGUCCUGUCCCUGAUACAGUAAAUGUGUACCCUUUUCUUUCUUCUUUAAUAAGAUCUUAUACCACUAACAUUCCUGAUGUGAUAACAGUACAAUCAUCUACUUCUAUUUGUAUUUGAUGUUAUUUAGAUCUUAUUUACAUGUAAAGUUCUCAAUUUCACCAUCAUUUGUAUUUGCUAAUAGGCAAAUUUAUGUAACUUUACUUCAGUAACACAUCACACUUCUAUGAGUUUAAACAUGCCGAAUAUGUUUAAAUGUGUCAUGUUUUGGGGAUUGCAGCCAUCUGGUGAAAUAACUCAAAUAAAUAACAUGAUUUAUAAAUGAUGUUGUGGCUAUAAUGGCCACUAGAUGGCUGCAGUGUUUCAGUAAUUCUAGUUUUGCGUUUGGACCAAGAGAAGACACAGAAUAAGAAUUUUGACCAAAUGUCCCCAUAAGGAUAGUAAAACCCAAAAUUUUUGACCUUGUGGGGACAUUUUGUCGGUCCCCAUGAGGAAAACAGCUUAUAAAUCAUACUAAAUUAUGUUUUUUGAAAAUGUAAAAAUGCAGAAAGUUUUCUGUGAGGGUUAGGUUUAGGGGUAGGGUUAGGUUUAGGGGAUAGAAUAUAAAGUUUGUACAGUAUAAAAACCAUUAUGUCUAUGGAAAGUCCCCAUAAAACAUGGAAACACUACAUGUGUGUGUGUGCAUGUGUGUGUGUGUGCAUGCGUAUGUGAGAGUGUGUGUGUGAGAGUGUGUGUGUAUGUGUGGGUAUGUGAGUGUGUGUGCAUGCGUGUGUGAGAGUGUGCGCAUGCGUGUGUGUGUGUGAGUGUGUGUGCAUGCGUGUGUGUGUGUAGAGUGUGCGCAUGCGUGUGUGUGAGUGUGUGUGCAUGCGUGUGUUACUCAAAGUAAAUAUCAGAGUCAUAGUUCAUUUCUAUGAACUAUGACUCCAUUUAUCUUUCUCUCUCUCUGCUCUGUGUGUGUGUGUGUGUGUGUGUGUGUGUGUGUGUGUGUGCGCGUGUAUUUAUCACUUUGUGGGUACCAAAUGUCCCCAUAAGGAUAGUAAAACCCAAAAUUUUUGACCUUGUGGGGACAUUUUGUCGGUCCCCAUGAGGAAAACUGCUUAUAAAUCAUACU